AUGCAGGGGCUCCUCCUCCGCACCUUUCUCCUCGCGGCUCUGGCGCAGUUCUGCGGCAGGGCACAGGGCCCUGGGCUGUUAGCUGUGGCUCCCGAAGGAAGGCCUGGAGAAGUGUCAGAAGUGCAUCGCCGUCAACAGUUCUGUCACUGGCCCUGUACGUGCCCUCGGAAGCCCAGCUGCCCUCCUGGAGUGAGUUUGGUGAGGGAUGGCUGUGGAUGCUGUAAAAUCUGUGCCAAGCAACCGGGGGACAUCUGCAAUGAAGCUGACCUCUGCGACCCACACAAAGGGCUGUACUGUGACUACUCAGCAGACAGGCCUAGGUACGAGACUGGAGUGUGUGCAUACCUUGUAGCUGUGGGAUGCGAGUUCAACAGGGUACAUUAUCAUAACGGCCAAAUGUUCCAGCCUAACCCCCUGUUUAGCUGCCUCUGUGUGAGCGGGGCCAUUGGAUGCACACCUCUGUUCAUACCAAAGCUGGCUGACAGCCACUGUGUUGGGGCUAAAGGUGGAAAGAAAUCAGAUCAACCCAACUGUGGCCUGGGACCAUUACAACAGCAGCUCUCAACAGCCCACAAAACAAUGCCAGCUUUUAGGAAUCUCCCACUUACUUGGAAAAGAAGAUGUCUUGUGCAAGCAACAAAGUGGACCCCUUGCUCCAGAACAUGUGGGAUGGGAAUUUCUAAUAGGGUAACCAAUGAAAAUAACAACUGUCAAAUGAGAAAAGAGAAAAGACUGUGUUAUAUUCAGCCUUGUGACAGUACUAUAUUAAAGACAGUCAAGAUCCCCAAAGGAAAAACGUGUCAACCUACCUUUCAACUCUUCAAAGCUGAAAAAUUCGUCUUUUCUGGAUGUUCAAGCACUCAGAGUUAUAAACCCACUUUCUGUGGAAUAUGUUUGGAUAAGAGAUGCUGUGUUCCUAAUAAGUCUAAAAUGAUUACCAUUCAAUUUGAUUGCCCAGGUGAAGGGUCAUUUAAAUGGAAGAUGCUGUGGAUCACAUCUUGUGUAUGUCAGAGAAACUGCAGAGAUCCAGGAGAUAUAUUUUCUGAACUCAAGAUUCUAUAAAGCCAAGCACAUGGGGGACAACUUAAGCCACGCUCAGUCGAGGUAAGUCUUCCACAGGCAUGCUUUGUGUGGCGUCCAG